GUUAGUAACGUAAGGAGAGACAGGCUUGUAGCUUAGUUACGGAUUGUUUUCCUUUGGAUGGCGCUCGUGAGGCGGUUUGUAUUGUUUUGCACACUCAUUGCUUUUCUCCUGUCUCUUUGUGUAGCUCCCGGAUGGAUGUCAUGUGAUCCAGAAGAUCAGCUUGGAGAUCGGUCAUCCUUAGCUCCGGAGCCCGGACAAGUGACCGCAUUGCUGCCGGUAUCCGUGGUAGAAGGCUUGGUCGUGUAUGAUGGCGAGCUUUUCAGCUGAGGAGGAGGUCUCCCUCCAGUCCAUGGUUAGACAAUUACUACAGAGUGCAAAAGAAAAGCUGGCCAGUGCACCAUCGGCUGAGUGUGCAGAGGAGAUCCUGCUUCAUCUGGAGGAGACCGAUGAACAUUUCCACAACUAUGAGCUGGUCAAGUACUUGAGACAUUACAUCAAGAGCUCCUUGGGAUCAGUGAUUGAUGAUGAAACAGAGAGAUGCACCUUGGCCCAGACUCAAGGAGACGGAUCUGGAUAUGACACACUUGUGCAACGCGUUACCAAACGGACUCGAGAAUCUAAGGAUUACACAGAAAUGAUCUUGUCACUGAAGAAUGUGAUGAUGGCCGUGGUGGAGACUCUUCUAAAUAAGUUUGAAGAAGAUCAGGCUAAAAACCGUGAAAUGCAAAGGAAAGCCCUGCAUGAACAGCACAACAGCAGAUACACUGAUAACUGCUCCGACAGCGAUUCAUCUUUCAAUCAGAGUUAUACAUUCAUGAAUCAGGAACAGUUACAACUAAUUGCUGAGCAUCUGGAUCCAAGUCAACCUGAGGAGGUGCGGAAAGAGGCCAUGCAGACUUUGUGUUCUGCUCCUCCAUCAGAUGUUCUCAAUUGUGAAAGCUGGAGUGUUCUUCAUAAAAAUCUUACAUUGGCUCUGGCUGAUCCAGACUCCACAUUUACAGAAAGAAUUUUACGCUUUUAUGCAAAAACAUUUUCUUCAUCUCCGCUGAAUAUGGCACGAGAAGUGUAUACAAGUUUGGUCAAACAUUUAGAAUCCUCAUUUAUUUUAAGUCACAAACCAAUCUUAUUAACUGGUGUGGACAUCAACAACCCUGAAGUUGUACGAACACUGAAAAAGAUUCGCUUAUUGAAUGAUUAUCAGAAGGAAGUUCCAUCUUUUUGGAUCAGACAUCCUGAAAAGUACAUGGAAGAAAUUAUAGAGAGCACACUGUCUCUGUUAUCAGUAACUCAGGAAUCAAGCUCACAAAUCCUUCUAGAUCCAGUUUUAUACUUGUCAAUGAUCGAUACCAAGGCUGUGUGGUUCAAGAAAUGGAUGCAUGCCUAUUACAGCAGGACUGUGGUGUUACGUCUUCUUGAAAAGAAAUAUAAAUCUUUGAUAAUUGCUGCCAUUGAGCAGUGCUUCUAUUAUUAUGAGUCCUCACAGUCAGGAGCUGAUGAAAACACUAAAACAGCACCAUCACAGCCUUAUCCUGGCAUUAAACAGAAAACUUUAUACGCAAGGAAAGAGCUGCAGUAUUUGUACUUUGUUCAUUCCCUUAACGUUCUUGGAAGACUACUGAUCUAUAAACAUGGCAGAAAACUGUUCCCCAUAAAACUGAAAAACCGCAAAGAAUCCGUGUCCUUGAGUGACCUGGUUGUGCUGUUUACCCAUAUAAUGUUGUAUUGCCCAAAUGGACAGAAAAGAGCAGUUGGAACCUAUGCAGGCAAUUAUGCUCCAGCACAUCUAGCUAUGGAAGUACUCAAAAUGCUUUGUGAUCGGAAAGAAUGUGCCGGUGAAUGUCUGUAUACUGAGGCUGUUAUAGAGAGCCUGCUGUUUCCAAUACAAAAGCUUCUGAAAGGAAAAAAGGUUCACCAGAAUUGUGAUGAAUGUACACUGACGUUUAUUGCUGAUAUUAUGGCCAGGAUUGCAUCUAAUGGAGCAGGGCUCUCCCUACUACUCUAUGGAGAAAAUAAAGAUUCUACCAAUGACAGUACUGCAGGUGCACAUGUGAUUGCCCAAUUUUCCAAGAAACUUCUCAGUGAUGAUAUAACCACCUUAACUGAGUCAGAUCUCCUGCCUGUCCUGAAAGGAUCGUUCUUAUUUGUGUGUCGUCAAAUGUACCAAACAUGUGAAGGUCUCCAAAUUCUAGUGCCUUACCAGUUGCAUGCAUGCAUUGCAGAAGCCUGGAAAAAGACAGUUUUAAUUUCUGAAAGAACUCCAACACCUGUGGCAGGAGCAGCGUCUCUUUCAUCUGGAAGUCAGGAUUCUCAGGGGGCAAUGCUUUGGGAGGAAUCUUUACUGGACAGCUUGUUAAAUUUAGCUUCUACUCCAAGAGGACUUCUCCUCCUGCAACAAACUGGGGCCAUCAAUGAGUGCAUACAUUAUAUGUUCGGCAGAUUUACCAAAAAAUUACAGGUUAACAGAAGUGAAAAAUUUGGCUAUGGAGUUUUGGUUACACAAGUAGCAGCAACAGCACCUGGGGCAGUAGCUCUCCAAAAGUCAGGAUUUAUCCAGACUUUUGUGUCUGGGUUGUGGGCUGCACUUGAAUGUGGAAGAGAUGAUGUCCGUGUUAUUCAUCCUAAACCCACCCCUGUGGAUCCUAUAGAUAGGAGCUGCCAAAAGUCUUUUCUAGCAUUGAUAAACCUACUGUCAUCCUACCAUGCUGUUUACGAGCUACUAGGGAACCAACAUUUACCAUCAAGAGAUGAGUACUCGCUCCGUGAAGUCCCGAUAUCUUUUGUUGAUGUAUUUGAUCGGCUUGUGGUUGUGAAUUCGGUCGCUAAAAUUAAUUCAUUAUUUAACUAUGAUCAGUCGCACAUUUUCGGAUUAAGAGUAUUAAAUGUCUUAUGCUGCAACCUUGAUACUUUGUUACUUCUUGAGUCCCAGUACAAAGUAUGUGAGAUGCUUUUUAAUGCCCAAAGAGAAAAUGUUACAGACUCUUCGACGGGUUCACAGAAUAUCAUUGUAGAUGGUCUGUCUGUGGAGAGAAACCAUAUACUGGUGAGGAUGAAUGUAAUUGGAGGACCACAUGAACGCGUUUUACCUUCUAGAGUGAUGCUGCAGGGUAAUGAUCCCUAUCCUUGGCCAAUGUUUUCAUCUUAUCCAUUACCAAAGUGCUAUGUACCAGAAGUAACUACAACUAACAAUCCAACACAAGACCAUGAACUCUUGAAGUUUCUUUCAUCUGGGGGCACAGACCAAAAAGUAACUUGGUUAGACAAUUGUAAAAGGUUAUUCUGUAAAACUAUGAAAACCAAGCCUGGAGUAUUAAGAGGAUUAUUGUAUGGAGAAUUAUUAGAGAAAUAUAUAUCCUACAUGUAUGACAUUCCUUCCAACUGUAUUUUUGAACGUUUUGAGUAUAAAGAUACACAUAUGCCGAGUGAAAGCCUUUCUCUUUCCCAGCAACUGGGUGUAAAAAUUGUUAUCAGGUAUGGUAGACACCUUGGACUCCUGAGUGGUAACAAAGUACAAGAUCUUACCUGGCUUCUGCAACAAUGUGAAGGUUUUCUUCAGCAGCAACAAGUGUCUGUCAGCUCUCCGUUACAAUAUAUACAAGGAAGCUAUCCCGGGCAUGAUUGGUUUGCAUCAUCUAUGUUUUUGAUAAUGUCAGGAGACGCUGAAAAAACAUUGACAAUUCUGCAGAAAUUCUCCAGUCUCCUCACCUCAGCCUAUCUGUGGCUUCCUCGCCUUCAUAUUUCAAAGCACUUGCCUUUGGAUAUAAGAGCAUCUGGAAUCCAUCCCAUAUUCUUCUGCACUGCUCAUUACAUAGAGAUGCUGAUGAAGACAGAGGUGCCGCUUGUGUUUUCUGCAUUUCGGAUGUCCGGCUUUACUCCCUCCCAGAUCUGUCAGCACUGGCUAAGUCAAUGUUUCUGGAAUUACUUGGACUGGGGUGAGAUCUGCCAUUACCUGGGAGUGUGUAUUCUCCUUGGAGCAGAUUACCAGGUCUAUAUGUGCAUUGCCGUAUUUAAACACCUUCAGCAAGAAAUCCUACAACACACCCAAACCCAAGACCUACAAGUGUUCCUAAAAGAAGAAGCAAUUCAUGGAUUUAAAGUUAGUGAUUAUCUGGAAUUCAUGGAAGGCUUAGAGCACGUUUAUAGGCCAAUGGUCCUAAAAGAAAUGAAAAAUGCUGCUCAUAACUGAACAAUGCACAGAAAAUAAAUACCAAACUUCAAUCCGUUUUUUCUAAGUAAUAAGUGUGGAAUACACCUGAAAGGGGUACUCUGCUGGAAAACAUCUUAUUCCCUAUUCAAAGUAUAGGGGAUUAGAUGUCUGAUCGCUGAGGUCCCCCGCUGGGGACCCCUACAGUCUCCGGGCCAGCAGCAGUGGCAUCCGGAACACGGAAGCUUGGAGAUUUCCUGUUUGUGACGUCACGCCACGCCCCCUCCAUUCAUGUCUAUCCCAUAGAUAUGAAUGAAGUGAGCAUGGCGGCUGUGAUCGCCAGUCAUCCAGCAAAGAGUGGUGUUCAUUCCGUGGACCAGAUGACUGGGGUGCCGCAGCGGAGAUUGGAGGGGUCUCCAGCGGCAGGACCCCCGCGAUUAGACAUCAGGACACAAGGAUAGGAGAUAAGAUGUUUUCCGGCAGAGUACCCCUUUAAGGGUAGAGUCACACCUUACGUAUACGCAGAAAUAGCAAAAUCCGCAGCGUAGUGGGAAAUCCGCUGUAUAUUUUCCUAUGAGCAAACAGACAGGGCUUUCCUGCGGCAGCCCUGUGUGCGUAGUGAUGUUUGAAGGAGGCCCUGCGCAUCACAGCCACCUCAGCUAGGGUCACAUUUACCUUAUUUUGUUGCAUAUUUUCUGCAGCGGAUUUUCCUACCCAUUGACCUCAAUGGUUAGGAAAAUAUGCAAAAGUAAAUACUCAAAAUAUGGCACGUGUGACCCAUAGGGUCAGUUCACACAUCCUUAUUUUUACUACCACAGAUUUUGCUGGCCAUUGACUUUAAUAGGUAGCAAAAUCUGCUUAAAAAAAUAAGCAUGUGUGAACUGACCCUAAGGGUCUAUUUACAGUAUCCUGCGCAUAUUUGAUGCUGCAGAUUUGAAGCCGUGUUCGAUCAUUCAGUUUACAUAGAAAUCUACAGCAUCAAUAAUAUACAGGAUACUGUACAUAUGAAUGCUCUUUUAUGGGUGAGAUGCGGUUAGCGGCCGUGACACAGUGCAGUUGUCAUCCUCCACACUCCUGCUUACACAGUUCUGUACAUUACUGUAAGAAGGGGAAUGACUAUAUGAGCGAGAAGGAAUGGCUAUAUGAGGGGGAUAGACUAUAUAAAGGGGAGGAGGAAUGGCUAUAUGAGGGGGAUAGACUAUAUAAAGGGGAGGAGGAAUGGCUAUAUGAGGGGGAUAGACUAUAUAAAGGGGAGGAGGAAUGGCUAUAUGAGGGGGAUAGACUAUAUAAAGGGGAGGAGGAAUGGCUAUAAAAAGGGGGGUGACUAUAUGAAUUUCAUAUAGCUCAUAUAGCCAUCCUCUCACUCAUAUAGCCAUUCCUUCUAGCCGUUCACCCUUCCCCCCUCGUAUAGCCUCCACCCCUUCCCCCUCAUUUAGACUUCCACCCCUUCCCCUUAUAUAGCCAUCCAUUCCUCCUUCCUCAUAUAGUCAUACACCCCUCCCCCCAUUAUAAAGCAGUACCUACAUCAAGUAGCCCUCCCCGCCCCAAAUAGCCAUUUCCCCCAUUUCAUAUACCCAAUUUGCCUCAUAGUCAUUCCCC